GAUUUUCCAAUGAGCCAAUGUAAAAAAAAAAAAAAAAAAACUGCCUUUUCCAUUACACUUUUGCUGUGAGUAAAUUGUCCUUAUCUCAGUGGAACAACUUCCUCUGAUCCUCUUUCCGUGUAACUCCCUUCCCCCCACGACUCUUGUAACCUCUCUGUUCACCGGGCAGCAGGGCUGUAAACCACACCGGGGCUAUUGAUUAAUUAAUAGCCUUUAGCCGAGCGGCUGGCUCUCUGGGCCGGGCUCAGGCAGAGAGUGCAGUAUCUCUGUUUGGAGGCAUUAAGACAACAAGAGACCAGAGCAGCAUUCAUGUAGAGGAGCUGGUGGCUGUUUCACGCUGUACCUCUAUAAAUCACCUGCACCAUUGUUAUCCUGCGCAGUUUUCUGGCCAGAAAGAAGCAGCAGGGGGAGGGAUGAGACGUGGGAGAAGAAGAGGGAAAAUGGGGAUGGAGGGGCCUAGGCAUCAACCGCCUACCCUCGUCCCAUUGCUGAUGAGCGUGACGGCUGUGUUGAUAUCACACCACAUCUUCAACGCCGCUGCACAGAUACCAGACCCCGAGCUUCUGCCAACAGACCCUCCAAAAAAGCCAGAUCCAGUCACUUCAGAAACUGUGGUGUUUUGGGGUCUUCGAUUAUGGCAGGUUGUAGGCAUUUUCUCCAUGUUCAUCCUAGCAAUUAUAAUAACACUGUGCUGCAUCUUCAAAUGUCGAAUUCCACGAACGAAAAAAGAGAUAGAGGCUCGGAACGUACAAAGACAAGCAGCGAAAACAUAUGCCAACACACUGGAGACGGUGCCCCCCCUCAACGAACUCACGGAGGUGCCGGGAGCUCUUGAGGAAGCGUCUGCUCUGCAGACAGUCUCUGAUCAGGUACAGCCUCGCGGUAGUGGACAACUUCCUGUGGUCAGGGAAGAAGAUGAACCCAGCGGUCCAGUCACUUAG